AUGGAGUUUAGACCAAGCCUCGAGUUCCACCCCGGUGCCCCAUACGCCAGUCAGCCCGUCCAGUCAGCCCAGCCAGCCCAGGCCGGGAACCUGUCAGCUGGUGAGAAUCCAGUACAGGGUGGUCAAUGGCUUCCAGUUGAUCAGAGCCAUCACGGGGGUAUUCCUUACGGAGGGAUGUCUCACGGAAACAUUGUUCACGGAAACAUGUCUCAUGCGGGAAUGUCUCAUGGAAGCAUUCCUCAAGGAAGUUUGGCUCAUGGGGGCAUGCCUCCUGGAGGUAUUCAUCAUGGAAAUAUUUCUCACACCAACGUCAACCAAGGUGGUAUCUCACUCUGGCCCCAUCAACAACCUGGGGUGGUUUCUGCUGGGAGACAAUUCAGUCUUCAUGGACAGGAAAGACCUUACUAUGGAGCUGCUCCAUUCUCCUAUUCUCAUCAACAAGUCAAUCACCCAUCUGCUGUCCACCCACCUCCUGGAAGUUACAUCACGAGGAUGAAUCCGUCCGCUCAUGGCUACGAGGUUCCCUACACCCCAUCCCGAAAUUCUGUCAUAGGCCAGGCCCAGAUGGUAAACAGAGUGGGGAGUUAUCACUUUCAGCAUCCGCAGGCGAUUUAUAAUACACCACCGAGUGAGAAUACCGAUCCUCGUGGUCAAAAACAGCAACAGCGUUCGAAGUACUCGGCCACCAAAACCCAUGAGUCCCAGAGCAAUAACGUCAACGGCAGUGUUCCAGCCUCGCCCACCCCCAUGCCAGGGUCCGGUGGAAAGAGACUGGCUAGGCGUCAGCAACGUACUGCCGAUUACCACAAUGGCCCGUCUUUGCAAGCUCCCUCUCCCUUCUUUAAUGGAGGAGAUAGCGUGGGUGGUAAUGGACAGAGCUCAUACUCCGAAGCCGACCAGCAUGGAAAUCGCGUGGAUUAUGAGGAUGAACAGGAACAAAAGAGGGAGAGAAUCAAGGCGAAGGUCGAGCAGGAGUUCGCGCUUCUUGAGUCUACCCCCUACGAGGCUAAGAUGGAGAGGUGGAUGGAUUUCGAGGAGGAUGAGUUUUGCCCAGUCUGA